CCACACGACAACUUCCCAAACAAAAAUGGCACAUGAGAAUUUGCUGUGAGAGGUGUGUUUGAAUCGAAAGUGAAAGCUAACGACAGCGUGUGGCCGACAGUUCAACUUUGAAACACAACUCAGUCUGCCGUCUGCUCUGUGUUAGCCAAAAACAUGGCACUGCUUAUCACAUCAGCUCGGGUUUCACACAUCAGAGCCCCGCCGCGCAGCGCGCUGUCCCGUGUCCGGGCUGACUUCCAGAGAGCAGGUGUCAGGUUCAGGCACUUGCUCCCCCCGGGUAGCCCCCAGCUCGGCAGGACUCCAGUGACGAGUCCCGUACGAAGCCAUAUUAACGCCGCGGUCCGCGCUGACAGGUUCUCCACCGCUGCAGCGGCGCUUCGCAAGUCCAGCCAGGCUAGCGGUUCAUUUUCACCCGGGGGGAGGAGAGGCUGGCUGGGCAGGUUUGCCCUCGGUGCCGCCCUCGGAGCGGGCACCGCCGCCCUGGUGCAGGCCCUCCACACCGGAGUUAUGACCGCCAUGGCUCUAAAAAUUAACCUGGACUCUGCAGAGGGUGACUGGAAGGAAGCCAAGGACUUCCUGCUGUCCCUGUCUGUGACGGACAGGCGUGGCUACCACAGGACCCCUGGCUCCGUGUCGCUGGAUGACGUCCCAGUGUGGACUCCCACAGCAGGUGCUUCUGAGCCGAGCCGCUACCAGAGGAACGAAAAGUUAGACCAGAAGAUUUCAGUGUACAGUGGUGACAUCACUAAGCUGGAGAUAGAUGCCAUUGUCAAUGCAGGUAUGCUGUCAUAUGUAUGUGUGUGCAGGAGAUAGGGUCUCUCCUCUGCUGGUCAGAGAUAAAGCUGUUGGUUGGCACUGGAAACCCUCUCAGCGUGGCAACAGCUGAGAGAUACAAGAUUAGAGCCGGACCGCCGGUGACAGACAGGAUGAGAGCUGGAGUGUCUCUGGACUGUGCUGUGACCACCCUCGCUGAUAAGAAACCACCGAAAACACAGAUGGACGGACGACGAGGUGAUGAGCGGCAGAGCCGGUGUGCUGAUGGACAGUAAGGGGGGAGGACGGAGUCUGAAAGUAAAGCAGCAGGACAGCAACAGGGCUCAAUAUCUCGCCCUGAAAUUCCUCUGAAUUCGUCGUUAGUCAGUUGCAGGUGGCAGUUCCUAGAAAAAAAAUAAAUGGCCAUGAUGUGUUUUAGCAACCAGGAAUGAUCUGGGACUAAUGAUACGUUUUUGCUUUAGCUUCACACUUAAAUAUUAAAGGGAACAUAUUAUGUUCUUCAAUUCUUCCUUUUCUCAUUGAAAUC